CCUCCCCUCUGACCCGGUGUCUAGUCGCUCUGUCUUCCUGUUCCAAACCACGUGGAUGCGUCGGGGGCCGCGGUGGUGGUCCCUGUCGCGUUCCCGGCUCCCGGCCCUCCGCGGACCGCGCGCACAUGGCGACCCAGGCGCACUCCCUCAGCUACGCGGGGUGCAACUUCUUGCGCCAGCGGCUGGUCCUGUCCACCCUGAGCGGGCGCCCGGUCAAGAUCCGCAGGAUUCGGGCCAGGGACGACAACCCGGGCCUCCGAGAUUUUGAAGCAAGCUUUAUAAGGCUGUUGGACAAAAUAACUAAUGGUUCUCGAAUUGAAAUCAACCAAACAGGAACAACCUUGUAUUACCAGCCUGGCCUCCUGUAUGGUGGGUCUGUGGAGCAUGACUGUAGUGUUCUCCGCAGCAUUGGCUAUUACCUGGAGGCUCUGCUUUGCCUGGCUCCGUUUAUGAAACACCCGUUAAAAAUCAUUCUGCGAGGAGUGACCAAUGACCAAGUUGACCCUUCGGUUGAUGUUCUUAAGGCAACAGCACUCCCUCUGUUGAAACAGUUUGGGAUCGAUGGAGAGUCAUUUGAGCUAAAGAUUUUACGACGGGGAAUGCCUCCAGGAGGAGGAGGCGAAGUGCUUUUCUCAUGUCCUGUAAGGAAGGUCCUGAAGCCUGUCCAGCUCACAGACCCAGGAAAAAUCAAGCGGAUCAGAGGAAUGGCGUACUCGGUGCGCGUAUCCCCUCAGAUGGCAAACCGGAUUGUGGAUUCUGCCAGGAGCAUCCUCAACAAGUUCAUACCCGACAUCUAUAUCUACACAGACCACAUGAAAGGCGUCAACUCUGGGAAGUCUCCAGGCUUUGGACUGUCGCUGGUGGCAGAGACUACCAAUGGUACCUUCCUGAGUGCUGAACUGGCCUCGAACCCCCAGGGCCAGGGGGCAGCGGUGCUACCUGAGGACCUCGGCAGGAACUGUGCAAAGCUGCUGCUUGAAGAAGUCUACAGGGGCGGAUGUGUGGACUCGACCAACCAAAGUCUAGUUCUGCUGCUCAUGACCCUUGGACAGCAGGACGUUUCCAAAGUCCUGCUGGGACCUCUCUCGCCCUACACGAUAGAAUUUUUGCGGCAUUUGAAGAGCUUUUUCCAGGUUAUGUUUAAAAUUGAAACGAAGCCAUGUGGUGAGGAACUCAAGGGUGGGGACAAAGUGCUGAUGACCUGCGUUGGUAUUGGCUUCUCGAAUCUCAGCAAGACCCUCAAGUGAUGCUCUUACACCAGCAGCCUCUGUUGUGGAUGGAUGAAGCAGAAGCUGCGGAGGAGCGAAGGGACCACGUCCAGAUGUGUCCAUCCAGGACAGGACAGCCUCUUAACAUUAAGGACUUUAUUAACUAGUUUUCCACUGAAAAUACUGAUGUGCAAAUAAAAGACAUUUCUACCAUGUGA